AUGUCAGUAGACAUAUUAGAAUUAUUGCAAGCACCCGAAAUGACAAGAGUUUGUGCGCCAAUGGUGCGAUACAGCAAAUUGGCUUUCCGAACACUAGUGAGACGUUACAAUUGCGAUAUUUGUUUUACACCCAUGAUCUUGGCUGAUUCAUUUGUAAAAUCUAAGGAAGCACGUGACAAUGAAUUUUCAACAAAUGCUGGAGAUAAACCACUGAUUGUUCAAUUUGCUGCCAAAAAUACUUGUGAUUUUGCUGAUGCAGCUGAACUUGUUGCUCCGUACUGCAGUGGAGUAGAUUUAAAUUGUGGAUGUCCUCAAAGAUGGGUAAUGAGUGAUGGUUACGGCGCUAAAUUACUUGAAAAUCCCCAACUGGUUAAAGACUUAAUUUCCCAAGUAAGAAAUCGUAUUCCUAAACCAUUUACAGUAUCAGUUAAAAUUCGUUUAUUGAAUGACAUAAAUAAGAGUAUAAAUUUUUGUAAAACAAUGGAACAUGCUGGAGUGUCAUUUUUAACAAUUCACGCGCGAACUCCACAAAUGAGAAAGGAACCAAUAAAUAUGGAAGGUCUUAAAUUAAUUCGCGAUUGCGUACAAAUUCCUUUGAUCGCUAAUGGGAAUGUCAGAUCUCUAGAAGACGCUGAAAAUUUACAUGCAGAGUCAAAGUGUCAGGGUGUGAUGAUUGCUGGUGGAAUUUUAAAAAACCCAUCAAUAUUUUCUGGAUCAUCAGUUACUCCUUUGAGUUGCAUUCAAGACUGGCUUGACAUCACAGCAGCAAUUCCUACUAAAUUUCUUACAUUACAUCAACAUCUUGUUUUUAUGCUGGAAAAAAUUUUACCGUAUGACGAAAGAUUGAUAUUCAAUAAUUUAAAAACCUCGCAAUCUGUUUAUGAUUUUAUCGAUUCUUAUUACAACAUAAGACCACAAUUUUCUUACACAGAUGAUAAUUAUCAUUAUCUUAAGCCAAUUGAUUGUGAUUAUAAUAUACGCAAAUAA